AUGAAAUGGAAGAUUGUAUCAUUGAGGAAAUAUGGACAUUUUUCUACACUGAGUUUUGCCGUUGCUGGGAACCGUGGGCAUGAGGCAGUGGAAUUCAUACCUGUGGUUGACUUCGAUGUCUACAAACUUGGUACCAGCGAUGUCGCUGACAAGAACUUGCAAGAGUUAGGCAAAGAAAUUCGAAAGGCCUUCACUGAAGUGGGGUUUGUGUAUCUCAAAAACACUGGAAUAGAUCAAAAAGAGGUGGAUCGUGUCAUGGACAUUUCUAAGAAAUUCUUCCUGCUUCCUGAAGAACAGAAAAGGCUUUUCAGCAGGGCCAUUUACGCAAAUAGCGCAAAUUACGGUUGGGUGUCCUCAGAAACAGAAAGGUAG